AUGAACGGCGUAGUGCGGGGACAGCAUUCGAUCACGUCGUCAGGUGCGAUAACGACGGUGCGAUUUCAGGACCGACGGCCGGUGACCGAAACCGCGACGCUGGUAACUACCCGAUGCCGCCGCACUGAUUUCGGCGACGACGGGACACUGCAGCAAACGGUUUUGUACGGCGGCGCCGACAGCGACCGCUGCAGCAGGGACGCGAUGGCCGCGUCCGUAGCGUUGCUCGAACGUUACCAACAGCCGGCGGCCGUGACGGCCGUGACGGCACAGGCCGUAGUGGCUGACGGCGACCGGUCGCACAGGCACGGCGGCGGCGGCCACUAUCGGGGUCACGGUUACCGGCCGCAUCACAAGUACAACAGCGUGUCGGCCGGCAGCGCGCUGUCCAAGUCCAUGCGGUAUGCCGACGGUUGGCUGUACGAACGGGACGCCGGCGGGACCGUGGGCCACGGCCGGGGGAGCGGUGGCCGGAGCAAGGCGCAGCGUAGCACGUUCCUGGGACGCGAACAAUUCGGGCCCGCGGCGACGACGGUGGCGGCGGCGGCCGUUAAAGCCCCGUCACAGCGUGCGCCGCCUCCGCCGCCGUCGUCCACGUCCGACGAUCCGUACGAUCGCGUCCGAAAAAACCGCAUGGCCGGCGCGACGACGACGACGACGAUCGCGACCGGGAAACCGGACAGAAAGCGCGGCCGCAGCGGUUCGCCGCGGACCCCGUCGCCGGACUACGACGACACGGGCGGCGGUAUCACCGGGUCGUCGUCCCGUCGUUCGAUCCUCGAGUGCAACGUCAAUCCGUACGACCUCCUACGGCAGCCCUCCGACGACGACGACGACGACGACGACCACGACGACGGCGUCGACCGCGGCGACUGCAGUCCCAAGAGGAUGUCGCUCAAAGACAAGUUCAUCAACAGGAUACAGGACACUGUGUUCACCAAGAAUAGGACGAGCGUCGGCGGCUUCGGUUCGUUCUCGUCCAACGGUUCGGCCAAAAAAACUACCGCCACCGAACGGAACAGCGGCGGCGUCAACAUCGCCGGACACACGGUAAGCGUCACCUAAGUGAUCCAUUCAGAUACGUUUACGAACGCGCUGUUUGUCGGAAACAUUUUUUUUUACGGUACCGAUAUAAUGUUUUGUUGUGUGUAUUCAGGUGCGGUUGUUCGACGGGAAGACUACAGUUAACCAUAAUAAGACCCCGUCGUCGUCGUCGUCGUCGUCGGUGUGGUACGACGACGGGUCGGCUGCGGACGCGGCGGCCGCCGCGGCGGCCACCACGACGCCUACUGUAACGGUCACGGCAACGUCCCAGGACCAAUCGCCGGUCAGGCCUCCACGACGCCGGUGCAAACCCCCGGUGGCCGCCGGCGGCGGUUCGUCCGCGGGCCCGACCAAGCGGUCGCAUUCGCUCACCGCCAGCACGACGCCCGUAAUGGCCGAGAUCAAGUCCAUACUGAAGAAGCCCGUGUCGUUGACCACGGACGACCUGAGCCCGGUGAGGGUCCGGUCGCCGGACGCACAAACCACGGUGCCGUCGGCCGCGGUACCGCGCGACGCGUCCCAGAAGAAGACCAAGAAACAGGUGCAAUUCGACAUCGUCACGGUGCCCGCGAUCGAGACGGCCCGUCCAGAGAGCCCGGACGGGGCCCUGACGCAGCCGCGAGACUGUAGCGCCGCGGCCGAAAUCGAGCCGUCCGCCUCCGCGCCGGCGCCUGCCGCGUCACAUCCACAACAAUGCCGCGGCAGACAAAGUCCGAUCCGUAAGUCAUCCAAAUGUCUAAGGCGGCCGUCGUUAUCCGUUUUCCCGAAAGAUGCUUUCUACCGGUUUCGAUUUCUUCGAUUUCUUUAUCUGUUUUGCGACGACGCGUGUUGACAGCGUUUCGUCCACGGUGUUUCCGCGGAACGAUAAAACCGAAAAAAACAAUUUUCGCCUUGAACUGUUUCACCUAUUGGAUUGCGUCGACUCGGCGGCGACGAAUCUCUUCGCCCGAAUCGAGCGUCUGAUUAAUCUCGGUCGACUCGAUGAAAAUUAGAUUUCUCCAAAUUCUGUAGCACGUGCGAUUCGGCGGUAUUGCACGCGGCAUUGACUUGUCGCUAAUGGCGUAACGUGAUUUCUCCGAGUCCUUCUCCGCUAUGACGCACCGCGCGCGUAAUUACGCCGUUCAACGGCCGACUAACGCGGUAAUAAAGUAACCGGAUUCGGACGGCGGUUGCGGACGGCGAACCGUGAUUUCUGUCGUUCGACCGUCGGGACCCCGGGCGAGAUUUUAACUCGCCCGAUUUUUAAACGACCGCCGGUAAACCGUACCGGGGCCGAAUCGAGUCCCAGACGCCGCAUUGGUUUUGUCAAUCGCCCUCGAUUCGUUUCCGACCGUACGAUAUCCCUACGCGGCCCAUCGAAAGCACCGUCGUCAUCUGCCCCGUGUCCCCCGUAUUCGUGUCACGUUGUGACGAAUUUGUUAUUUGUUUUUUUUUUUUUACUAUAUAUUGUUUAUUUACUUUUCGUACAGCUGGCGCGGACGUGAUCGUGGCGGCCGUCGAACGGAAACUGAAACGGAGCCUGAGCGACAGACAAAAAUCCGGGAAUGCGGCCGAAUCGGACGACGUGACGGUGUUCAACGACACGAUGCGGAUCCAUGUCCGGCACAAGAACAGGCCGGACAGCCGAUCGGCUUUCGAUAGACCGGCCGAACCUCCUCCGCCGCCGCCUCCGCCUCCGCCGCAAGUCCCUCGACCGUCCGCCGCCGUACUUCGGCCGGCGGCCGUUACCGAACUGUUCCUGUGCAACGGCAACGGCGGUACCGAAGAUAACUGCAAGACGGUCGUCCAAGUACAGUCCGACGACAGUGGCCGGGGCGACCCGCAGGAAUAUCCCGCGGAACCGGAACAGAAGACGUCUAUAUUGAUCAACUCGAGUCCGGGCCUGAAGACGUCUGUGAUAAUCGGCGAAGGCGGCGCGGCAUACGCGGCGUCGUCAGACAACAAGGUGACCAUAAGCAUAGGGCCGACCGAGUCGAACGCGAAAACGGCCGGUCGGGGCAGGGCCAUCGGGAACUACCGGAGCAACGUGACGGUGGUCGACCGGGCGGGAUCGCGAAUGUCCGAAUUCAUCCGGAUGAACUACGACCCGGUGCAGGCGGCCAGGCUGGACAUGACGCCGCACGUGUGCGGCCGACGGUCCGCCGGGGAUACGCCGCUUGUCAGCCCGUACAGGGUGUCCAACAUCGAGAAGCACCACCGCGGUGGCGACGGCGUCCCGUCGCUGUCCGACGACGCCGAGUCCAGUUCCGAGUCGUGUUACGCCUCGGCCAAGGAGGACGCGUCGUACACGUCCACGUCGUCUUUCUCGUCGUCCUCGUCUUCGUCCGCCGCGUCCUGUUCGUCGUCUACGGCGGUCGCCAGCGGGUCGCCGCACAUGCACCGCCAGAGCGUCGGCUACGACCCCGAACCCAUCUACGAGGAGAUUUCGGAAUCGCCCACGCCACCGCCGUUGCCGUCAUGUCCACCGCCCGAACGUGCGGUCGACCCGCGGGACGAGCCGGCUGCCGCCAUACCGUCCAGGUCGAUAUUCGAAGGGGCCACCAAGUACGACAUCAUUAACUACUUGGUGGACGCUAAGCGCCGCUGUGGCGCCCUGCACGACACCAGCUGCCACCCGAAGUUCGUGGUGAUGGCUGACGAACAGGCCGCCGGUUCGUCCGAGUCGGACGCCAACGGUACAAACGACUCCGGCGACGAGUACGGCGUCGGCGCCGGCGGCUGUGGCAGGGGUACGGGGACCGCGGCCGCCGCGGCCCUACAAGCCGCCGCGGCCGAGGCCGCCAAAAGGGCGUCGGCGGACAUCGAGCGCAACGACUCGGGCGUCGGUUCGGAGACGAGCCAGAGCUCGCGGAGCAAGUGGCAGCAACAACACGAGGCCCAGCACAGUUGCGAGGAUUGCGAUCAGCUCGUCGAAAUACAGACGACGGACGGGUGAGUACUAUCGGUAUUUCGGUAUAAUACGUCGGCCCGGCACUUUUUCAGAAAAAAUAAGUCGAUACCGUUCGCGGGCAGCACGCGGACCGCCGUGUGGUUAGUUGCAGAACGCAGGGCAUACAGGGCGAUAUUCGUCAUAAAUAAAUACUGCACGCGACGGAUAAAUCAUUGCAAACGAAAAACCGAUUUUUAGCGGAGUAACAUUAGUCGUUUUUUCGCAAAACAGACGUCCGCCGUCUUCGGAUACCCCGACGACAAAUGGAGGGGAGGGGGCGGGGGAAAACUACGCGCAAAGUGCACCGCUGCAAAUGUCGACAAAUGUUUUCGUCAAUGUACCAAACUGAGCUAAUAACCGGGUAAACGUAUUUUAUGCGGAGACGAGUUAGGUUUUGAGCGUGCUAUUCAAAUAAAGCCCGAAUGAAAGACGUAAUUGCGGUCGUAAAUAAAUGAUAAUUACACUUAAAUCGUUGGUUCGGAGCGGUCGUUUUGUGAUAAUUUCAUUGAGCAAUAACAGAGAAGGAAAUGAAUAAAAUGAAUUGUGCGUUUAAACUAAGUGCGAGUAUUAAGAAAUAAUUAAAAAGUGGAUGUCUUCUGUUCUUUGUUUCGCCAAAACCGGCCACAGAUUUAUUCAAAUGUAUUUUAUUAGCCCCGUCUUUUUCGAGGUCGGUUAUCGUUAGAUUCACGUUUAUCCUUUUGCGUUUCACAUUUUAUCGGCGUCGGCGCGUUUAUGAUAUUCAAGAACGCAUUUCGAAAAAUAUGGCGGCCAAUAGCGUCCGAAUCUCGUAAACGAUGUAAUAUCCAUCUUCUUGUCAAGCCCGACUUUGAAAUGUCAAUAAUAACAACAAUAGUAACAAAAAUAUAAACGCAAACUAAUACGUAUAGGUAAAUACUCAAAUGAUAAUAUGAACCUAUUGAUUAGAAAACGAAUUUGGUAAGACCGGGAAAAAAAUCACAUUUACGUUUUAAAUGUCGUACCGCGACCAAUAAUAACCUCUAACCUGACCAAGGGGUUAGCCCGUCGGUCUGUCGUUCUCCACAUUCGCAAGCUCCGCCGUCUUUUUCACUAAAGUCCCAUUUAACCGAGUCGGAUUUAUUCCUCGCCGCUCCAGCUUUUUAUCUGUUUAAGGUAUCCGUGGCGAGUUUCCGCCCGACCGAAGUCGUUCAUCUCACUUCGUGUGGGAUUCGUGCAGUUCUUUGGCCGCGUGCACGAAACGUCUUCGGGAUUUAAGUCCCGUGGUCAAUUACAAUAAAUCCGAACGCAGGGUGUCAUUCGUUCUUCGUCUGUUCGGUUUUUUUCCCGCUAGAAUACCAACAAACGGUACAAUAUAACAACUAAACAAUACGACCCCCCCCCCCGGGCCAUUUAGAACGUCACAUUAAUAAUCGUGUUGAGCCGUGUUGAGCGGUUUACCCGUUUGGCCGCGAAUAUGUAAUUUUCGGAAUCGAAUUCGCUCGUAUUUAAAAACCAUACGAAAUCGACUUAAACCUCCUCCUCCUCCUCCUCCUCUUUUUUGUCUGGCACCGAAGAUGCGUAACAAUGGUCGGCCCGCGGCAUUCGCUCGGGCGCAGCGGCCGCGUUUUCAGGCGAUUCAAAUAUUAUCGCGUUUUCGGUUUUUAUCCGCCCACGACGACGGGGCGAUAACACGUCGGCCUAAAAACAAAAAUAACCGCUCUCUUUUGUGCAAAGUCACGUUUUAUUGUAUGCACGAUAUACGGUGUGCGCAACGCGUUGAGAAAGUGACACGCGUGCGUAGCAGCGUAAUAUACAGGGCGGUUCUUUGGUUCGCGUACCAGCGAUUUUCUCGGAGGAUUUUAAACGAAUUUGAUUUGUUUCGUUUUUUCAACUAUUUACCACUACUCCUCGCACCCGAAACGGGUAUCCGUUUCGGAUAUUCCCGAACAACACCCUCCCGUUUCAAUCACCGCGCAUUCGAAUGGCGAAUAUUUUUCCAGAAACGUCGAUAUGCCCAUCAGAUUCACCGUUUACGAGGCCGCGGCAGUUUAAAGUUCAAGCCGGAGCGUGCAGGCAAGGGGGCGAUAAAUCGAAAAAACUAUUUUGAAAUGAUAAACCGAUAACUGUACCUUACUUCCCGUCGGUAUGAACUUCAAACUGUUAUAACACCCGCGGGCGGUCAAUCUGUUAAUUGUUUGUUGCGCGUAUCGCCGCGUCCGAAAUAGUGUUAAAACAAUAUUCAAACGAUCCAGCCACCCCGCAUAACGAUAGGAAACAAAAAAAAAAAAAAACGGAAAUCAAUUUCUCUCGAAACACUCCCGGACAAUUGACCGCGCUGUAUACGAACGUAGUUUAGGCCGCGCGUGGUUCCGGUGUUAUUAUUCACGAGCGGUUAAUUUGAAAAAAAAAAAAAAAACAAAAAAAAAAUUAAAAACAAUCCGGGCCCGCAGCCCGAAGACCGCGAUAAUCGCGAUAAUCUGCGAUCGCGUGUCACCGCGUUUUAGCAACGCGGCUCUAAUACGUUGUCGUCGUGUGCGCGGACCGCGAGUCUCGCCGCCGUCUGUUUUCGGUCACGAUUCGCCGGCAAACGAAACGUUCCCGCGGCCGUCAAACGCGCCGCGCCGCGGCAACAUUGCUGCCGUCCACUUGUUACCGCGUAACAGCACGCGCAACCGAGAACCGCGCGUAACGAGACCGUCGGAUUAACAACGAGCGUUCCCGAAAAUUUCCGCUCUGUUCAUUUCGUUUUGUCGGAGCGUGCGGCCGCACCGGGUGGCCCCCGGAGGGUUCCGUUUCAAAACGCCGCUUUCGGCGGGGGCGGGCGAAAAUCAACGCGACACCGGUCGUCAAACGGUACAACCUCCGAGUUCAACCUCUGCGCAAAACAUUUACGGUAAUUAAACGGCGACGUUUCAUACGGUUUGAGGGACGGGAGUGCGUCCAGACACGAACGCGACUGGAUCGGCUAGGUCAGAACAUUUGUAUGCGCGUCAAAUCGAAUAAAUACUAAAGAAAACACCUCGAUAACUUUGAAUUACUACAGGAAAAAAAAACUGAAUUUUAAUAUCGUCAAUUGUCCCGCGUUGUUCCUACGGUUUUUUUUCCCGGUUUUCCUCGUCACUAAGACAACUGCAAAGAAAACGAAAAAGUUACCGCCUUGUCGUUGAAACUAGACAAAAUUUCCGUUGAGAAAGUGUAUCGCAGUUAUGAUCGGAACGAGAUUUCUGGUAAGUCGUAGUAUAGACAAUAAAACACGAAUUGUAGCAAAAGGUAAACCCGGCGCAUUGCUCGUUGAACACAAAAAUCUAAAAACCUAAAAACAGAAUCUAAAGUGUCCAUUAGAUAAUCGCUAUUAAACAAAACGAAUCAAUCGACCAAUCGUUACCCAGAACGUAUAAUCCCACAGUCGUCAUUGAUAACAAUAAACAAUUUUCGAGUUUUCUCGUUUCGCGGCGAACUAUAUUAUUAUUGGUAUUGUUGUCAGAUUAUGAAUAGGAAUGUAUUGGUUUUACAACGAUGUUUGUUUCCUUUAUUUUUCGGGGUUAUUUUUUGAAAUUCUCAUUAAUAUUCGAGAUGACGAGGAAGACACGGAUUCUUGGGAUAAAAAAAGAUUGAAAGAUUGGAAACAAAGUCGUCAUCGGCAACCGUUUUUUUAUUCAUUUUUUUUUUUUUUGUUAUUAUUAAUUAAUUAAUUUUAAAUCUUUUUUAAACAAUCAUUGUGGUCACGGAAAUGCCCGUUGUUGUAAUCAUUUUGCCAUAAUAUUAUGAUACGUACGUUGUUGACAAAGCAACACUAUCAAACCAAACUCCGAAUCGUUGUUUUGUCAGCAAUGGCUUUAUCGCUGAUAUACAUUACAUUCCCGUCUGUAUGCUAUCUUUCCAACUUCCCACCCACAAAAGUGGCUGCGCCCAUACGUACGGAGUAUUCUGUUCUUUUUUUUUUCUUUUUCUUUCUUUUGUCGCUAUUAUCAGAACAAGUACGUUUUUUGACAUUUCAACGCGGUGAACCGUAUCGGUUCAAAAACGUCGACGCGCGCACGGCCGUUGACGCGUAUUCCGCUACGGGAAAUAGCCGAAACCGGCCGAACCUCGGAAAUGCCAGGGGCAAAACGGGAAGUUAACGUCGUGCUUCGACUUUUGCCCGGUGAUCAACCGUACGAAAUCGCGGCGUUCGUAAAUUUCAAUAAUUACACAGUAGGGUGUGACAUUGUGUUUUAGUAUUUUUUUUUUUUUUCAAUAUUCCGUAUAAAAUAACGAAAAAAUACGUAAAUAUUAUUUGUUCCGGACACGAUUAAAUCCGAUUGAAUUUGUGAAUUGAAAAAUUUAAUCCGCCGGAUUACAAAAGAAAAAGAUCGAAAGUAAAUUUGUUUAUUCGUUGCUAAUAUUGCGCCGUUCGCCGUCCUCGGUAAUAAUUCGGGACGUUUACUCGCUACGGAAACGCGAGACUUACGGACGCUGUACGGUUUCGCACAAAUGCGGCCGGUGACUACCGGGUUUCCCCGGACAACAAAAGCGCCGUAAUAUAAAGGCGUUUUGGCCGAGUGUUGCGGGCACUUUGCGUGUUUCCCGGACGUUUCGGGGGUUUGCCGGUUUUCGGCCUUUCCCCCCCCCUCCCCCCCGUAACACAUUUCUAUGCUGUAUGUCUCUGAAUAAAGGCGCAUUGUCUCCGGGCUUAAUUAUUGGAUUUUGUGAAACAAAAAAAAAAACGACGAAACAAAACCGUACGUUUUUCGGGCGUAAACUGACGGAUGUCCGUGUGACGAUUCUGUCGACAGGGGCAUCAUGUUCGCGCCGUUGGUGUGCCGCAAAUGUCACAAGCGCCGGGCCGAGCGCCGGGAGAUCAUCGCCGAAAUCGUGGAGACGGAAGAGAAGUACGGCCGGGACUUGGACAUAAUCACCGAAGAGUUUUACCGGCCCAUGUUGGUGGCGGGUCUGCUGAACGCCGACCAAUUGACGUCCGUGUUCCUCAACGUUUCCGAGCUGAAAGAGCACAGCGCCGCGCUGUCGCUGAAGCUCCGCGACGCCUACGAGAUAGCCGUCGAACAGGGCGACGACGACCUGCUCACCGUCAACAUCGGCCGGCUGUUCCUGGAGGCCUCGCCGUCCAUGUUGCACGCGUUCCAGUCGUACUGCACCCGACAGGUAUUUGCAUCGUUUCGUUUUUUAGCUUCGAACAUAAAAGAAAAAAAAAAAAAAACUAUCAGAGUACAUACCGUACGGAAAUCCGGGUUACGGUAAACGUUUAUUUUGAUUUCAAUAAACCGUUUAAAAAGUUCCGAAACACCGUCAUUACUGGUGGUGAACACGUAAUCCGGAUCAAUCGAACAUCGGGUGUUGCCUUUACCGAUCCGGGUUGACCGAAAUGUGACAAUCUUUACAAUCCGGAUAUUACAACGGCCGAUUCGGAAUUCGGUUUGUUCGAAAACGACUAGAGUCGCUCGGUCGUUACACCACUUUAAAAAUGAUUUCCGUUGCAAUUAUUCAGUAACAACCGUUAAGCACAUAGUUUGUUUACUUUUUCCCUCUCCCGGAUUCAUCCGAAUUAUCGAAUUUUACAAUCUAGUUUUAUAUCCGGAUUAGCCGGCUUUUUUCUAAAAUUUUUUUUUUUUUUCGUGCUUAACCCGGAUUUUCGUAUUACGAAAACUUCUGCUCAGCGCUGUGGUUAUAAAUUAUAAUAUACCUCCUAAUACAGUAUUUAUAGAAACAAAACAAAUGCGUUUUUAAAUCAACGAUUUUCGUACUGCAGGGUAACGCCGCUCUGCUAUUGGCCAACCUGGAGAAAGAGAAAGAGCUGUUGCGCAUAUUCUUGCGGGUGUCGCAAAUGGAAAACGCUGUGCUACGCCGGAUGAACCUCAACAGUUUCCUAAUGGUAAGUACGACGCGUGACUUAUCGGUGAACUUGACCCAUAGCCGAAUAACGACACCAAGUAGAUUAUACGGAGUAGGCGAUCCGAGACAUAAAACGUUCGUUUUAUUACCGGCAGCAAUACGAUUUCUAUACUCCUCACGAGGUUUACUGGAAAAUAAAAUGUAUAUAAAAGGGAGUAGUUGUUUUUACAAGGAAGAGCAAAUGGGGAUUGAUUCCGCCCGGUGGCUUUUCUAUAAUUCUUUGCAUUAUUUUUCUCCCCCCUCCCCUCCCCCCGUGCGGAUUUCCGCGGACAGAGGUUAUAGAUACUGCACAAGUUGCGUACAAUAUGAAAAAAUGAUUGCUUCGCGAAUUUCGGUAAACCGUUUUUUUUUUUUUGUCGUUUCGAGCGACGGGACCGUGCGCCAAUAAUAUUAUCGUUUUCCGAAAACAGGUGCCCGUACAACGAGUCACCAAGUAUCCGCUUUUGUUGGCCCGUCUGUACAAGGUCACGCCCGAACACCACCUGGAGGCUAGACAGACGCUCAACGAAGCGAGACACAAGAUACAACUGCACUUGGAACACAUCAAUUCGGUGAGUUCUUUUUUAUUUGUAUUUUUUGCGUUUUUUAUUUCGCGGAAAAUAUAUACGAAUCCGUUUUUUGUUUACAGCUGGCUAAAGACAUCAGUUCCACGAAACUGUGGCGAAAGAUCUACGCGAUCAACGGCAAGCGACCGGAUAACGAGGACCUGGCGGACAUCAAAUUUCGCAAGGUGUGUAAUAACGUUUAUUUGUAUACGGUGUCGCGAAAGCAGCGAAUAGAAAAUUAAAAAUCCAUUAAUGCGAAAAAAAAAACCCCGACGAAAUAAAUUGUUUGGAAAAGAGCAGGAGUGACAAGAUCGAGAUAAUGUUGAAAGGUUAGAAGCGAAGGAAAAAAAUAGAAAGAUUAAAAGAAGAACAGUGUAAAACUUUUGUUCGAGAAAUGCCAGCCUUAAGGUGUAUAGAAUUACGGUGCCGAAUAUAAUAUUUGACUUUAAAGUUAUUCUGUAGAGCCGUUGAGCCUGUCUCCCUCGAGUCACCUUGAUAAGCCUAUUCGGUGGCCUAGCCAGAGAGCUGCAGUCAUUGACCGUCUUUAAAUUAAAAGAAAUUGAUAUAAACUCUAGAUUAGGUUCAGAUAUUCACUGUAAAGCGUUGACAACUUAUUACUACGUCUCGGAAGUUGUACGAGCUAAGAUAAACGAAAUAUGCAUGCAAGUACGCGCAAAACUAUUAAAUGUGCGAAAUAAAAUAACAGUUAACAAUAGAUAUGAACAAAAAUGCAUUUUUAAUAUUUUUGAAUUUCUAUGUUAAAUAAACGUAAUAUUAUGAUUCGUUUUACGCGGCGGCUCUACGGAUUAUACAAACAUAGAUAUAAGAAAAUAUUAAAAAACGCACUUUUGUUAUCUAAAAUUGACUAACUAUGCGCUUUACACUGUACUUUUCUGGACUCGUCGGUCAAUGGUGUAUAAAAGCUAUAGCUUAUUGGUCUGCUAUCAAUCGAUAACUUCCUACACGUUGCUUGUAAAAUAAUAAUCGUCAUACAUGUGCGAGCCCAGCCUCUAGACUAAAGUUUAAUCUUUGAUAGCGCCGGACAGAUAAUAGAUCGGCGCACCGAGCUUUAGAAUUUUCACCUACUCAAAAUUAUACGAAAUAGAUCAAAACGGAUGUAAAUUCGGUUAAUUAACAAGUAUAAUUCUGUGCGUGCCGCCGAAAUUUUCUCGGUAGCUCACCGGUUAAAUCCGCGCCUGAUUCUGGAUACGUCACACUCGAGUUUACCAUUAUAAUUAAUGUGGAAAUCGUCGUGGUUUUUUUUUUUUUUUUUUUUUUGACGCGUCCCGUACGAAAUAAACAAAAACCAGAUGUGUUUUCUUGUCGCAUUAUUGUUGAAUAAAGAUGAUUUUUUUUUUUUUUUUUCCCCGGUGGCAGGUGGCCGUCGACGUGCUCGAAUGGUCGGGACUCGGAGAAGAGAUCCGGUUCGCCAUGGAGGGACGGCUGCUGUACACGCAACCGUCGGACCACAAUUGGCGGCGCGGAGGAAGGACCAUCAAGCUAAUGCCGAUAAACGCAAUCAUCGUGACGCUCGGAAAGGUGAACAAUAUUUUAUAAACCAUGCUUACCGUAACAAAAUAGUCUACAACCCAUGUUCACCGUGUUUCCGUUAAUGGCAAUGUUCUUAUGCGUGUGACGUUACGUGUUUUCAGCCCAACGACAAUUACAACCCGGACGCGGACGACGUCGGAUUUCCCAAACAGAACGGCAUCAGAGACGCGUCGCUGGUGUUACUCAAGGAAAAGAGCGGUCGAAUCAGUUUGCUUCGGGUACGUACGGAAAAUGUAAUACGAGCGAUGAUGUUGUAACCCCCGUUUCCCUGAAAAUACGGCGAAAAAGUAAUUUCAAAAAAAAAAAAAAAGCCGAACUUUUUUUUUUUCAUUUGUGAAAUCAGGACCCUCGUCACUCCCCGGAAUAGCGAUUUGCAGCACGGGGCCGCUAAUUUCAUUUAUCCAACCCCGUCUGCAUAUACAUUUAUUCCGGAACUUUCGAUAAAGUUCCGUCAUUUAUUUGGUACUUGUCUGUGCGAUGGGAUACAAACGAUAUAAACCUUUUCUCGGGGGAAUGGUGAAAGAGGCUAUUACGACUCGAACUUUCUCCCCCGAGAGUUUUUUCCCCCCUCCCCCCGUCUUUUUUUUUCCGCGACGUUACGGACACUGCAGAACAUCGUUUUAUCAAUGACGAUUCGAUUUCGUGUAUAUAUAUAUGUAUGUAUGUGUGUGUGUGUGUGUGUGUCUGUGUGUGUAUGUAUGUAUAAUGUAUAUACAAUCCAUCGGACGACUAUAAUCCGUGUUGUCGUACGGGCAAACUAAAAAGAAAACUAACAGUAUAAUCAUUCGGAUUUUAAUUGAAGAUUGAUAUUUCAGGAGCCCAUGUAUUUGGACCGAUGUGUAGUGUGCUGUGAAAGCGACUUGGACGAUUACUUCGAACUACACGAAAUCACCAGCAAGGACACGUACAUACUGAAAGUAAGUUUACAGAAAUUCGAUAUAGGUGCACGCCAUAUGACAAUAGUACACCCUGACCUCGCGCGAGUCUCCCGAGUUUGACGUGUUGUUCGGAAUGUUUCCUACGUAUGUUGCUUUGCUUUAGUCAUCGAUUUCCGGUCAGAGAAUAAGGCGGUCGUCGACGCGGAUGCGAAAAAAUGUUUACUAUUCUGUCAAAAUGCUUGUGAUGCUUCCAGCAAUGUACGUCGUUUAAAAGAAAAACGGCCGACACACUUGCCAUAUCCGUCACAAUGUUAUAAUGGAUUCGGUUGUUUGAAGUGGCCACCCUUUUGUUUAGGUUUUUAUCGUCACUAGUGUAUUCUAACGAGCGCCUCAACCCGUCAUGAAAUGGAUCAAAUCAACGAGCCUUUCUUAUUUUAAUAUAUGCAUGUGGUAUAGCAUUUUCAUCUUCAAUAAUGUAGUUUCGACCCCUUAAGACCACGCCAUCCAACACAAUUGUCACCAGUUUUGCCCUUCCAAUGUCGAGUGCCUCCGAUUCACACCGGGCUUUACUUUUUCCACGUCUUCCUAAACUGUCCGUGUUUACGGUAUGGGUGGCCUACCCGCUCGAGCCGCUUCAUAGCAAUGUGUUCCGUUGUCGGACACCAAUUCAUUUCUUCCCUAUUUUCCAGAUUUUCCAUUCUCCUGUAUAACCAUAUAUUUUCCUAAUGGCCUUUUUAUCAAAUACAACUGGUGGGUUCCCGUCGGUUAUCCGCAGCGUCCACGUUUGUGACCCAUAAGUUACACGGAGAUAUUUGCUAUAAAUCAUAAAGUCAUCAUAUCAGUUAUAAACACGGAAAGUAAGAGUUCGGGUCGCACUCUUAGUAAAUAUAGACAUCGGAUACAAUAAUAGUAUACAAAUAUCAUCAAAUAGCGCCUUGAUCGAAUUGAUCAAUCGCCUGGCAAUAAUGUCCCCGGGCCUUAUCUUCCAAGACUCCAUUAAAAACGGUUUGAAAAACGAGCAAAAUAGUUUAAAGAAUAAAAAAAAAAUUGAAACUGAUUUGAACUGUGCGCUUAACUGUCUGUUAAAUAUUUCGAAAAUUAACCGACGGUUUAUUAUUUUUCGACUGUUACAGGGCCAAGACGGCGAACAGACGAAAAUGUGGUACCGUCAGCUUCAGUACCACUGCCAGACCUUGGGAUGCUGGAGGAAAAGACGAAACGCGCUGGCCAACAUAAUGAUCAACAGGAAUUGUACGUAGACCUGCAACACGCCCAGAACCGAGAAUUCUACAUGAAAAAAAAUAAAUAAAUAAAUAAAAAUACAAUAUUACCAAAACAAAAAAGUUAUAAACGAACAAAACCCCGACCAUUCGCGUUACCAGUUUAUUUAACGAUUUAUUAUUAUUAUUUUUAUUAUUUUUUUUUUUUUUAAUCGUUAUAAAUUAUUUUAAAUAACACACGUUCUUAUUUUAGUGUGCAAAUGUGUAUUACGAUUUUACGUUUUAUUAUUAUUAUUAUUAUUAUUAUUAUUGUUUACUGGCGAUAUUUUACCCCGCGAUCGCCCAAUCUAAAUAUGAAAUUAAACGUAUGUACGAAACGAGUUGUAUUCGUUCGCGCAACGGGGGGGGGGGUAUAUAUAUAAUAUAUGUAUUUUAAAUUAUAUAAAAUUAUAAAAUUAUAAAAAAAAAUAAAAAAUAAAAUUGAAAUUAUUUAUAAAAAUAGUCGACAUUGUCGUUGUACGGCGAAUUCAAAAACCAAACACGCGGGAGGAGGGCAGGGGGGGGAGGGGCACGCGCGACAUUUCGGUCGAGACGAUACCGGACUGUUGUCGAGACUCUGCCGCGAUAUCAUUUUAACUAAUUUAUACUAUUAUAAUAAUGUAUUGUACUGUAUUGCUAUAAAGAUUAUUAGGAUAAUGUUCCUUUCUAUUAAUUAUUAUUAUUAUUAUUAUUAUUAUUAUUAUUAAUAUUGUUUUUUAUCGACGUUGUUUCAAUUUUAAACCGUAACAACAGCGUUGCGUUACAGUGCAUUUGUGCGUGACGCGUCGCAACCGCACGCGUUUACAUUAUUAUUGUUUACCGCAGUCGACUAGCUAUUUAUUUUUUAAUCGCUUGUAAUAAUUCGGAAUGCCGUUCGGACGGCAAUAAUUGCAUUGAGCAAAUAAUAAUAAUAAUAUUAUGUGUGUGAAUAUAUUUAUAUAUACAAUGUAUACAUGUUGUUAAUACGCGA